AUGGCGGGAGAGGCGUCCGGGAGAUACAGAAGCACCAUGAGCAAGAGCAAGGACCCCUCGGGCCUGCUCAUCUCUGUGAUCAGGACUCUCUCCACCAGUGAUGAUGUCGAGGACAGAGAGACUGAGAAGGGCCGUCUGGAAGAAGCUUAUGAGAAGUGUGACCGGGAUUUGGAUGAACUUAUUGUUCAGCACUACACGGAGCUCACCACAGCUAUCCGCACGUACCAGAGCAUCACGGAGCGAAUCACCAACUCCCGCAACAAGAUCAAGCAGGUGAAGGAAAAUCUCCUGUCAUGCAAGAUGCUGCUGCACUGCAAACGGGAUGAGCUGCGCAAGUUGUGGAUAGAAGGAAUUGAGCACAAGCAUGUCCUGAAUUUGCUGGAUGAGAUUGAGAACAUCAAGCAAGUGCCCCAGAAGCUGGAACAGUGCAUGGCCAGCAAGCACUACCUCAAUGCAACUGACAUGCUGGUAUCAGCAGUGGACUCUUUAGAGGGUCCUCUUCUUCAGGUGGAGGGACUGAGUGAUCUGAGGCUAGAGCUUCACAGUAAGAAGAUGAACAUGCACUUAGUCCUAAUAGAUGAAUUGCACCGUCAUCUGUACAUCAAAUCUACUAACCGUGUGGGACAACGGAACAAGGAGAAAGGGAAAAUAAGUUCACUUGUGAAGGAUGCUUCUCCCGUACCUCUUAUUGACGUGACCAACUUGCCUACACAUUGGAAGUUCCUUGACGCCUCCCAAUUCAGCACUCCCGGGAGCUCUAGUGUGCGAGAAGUGAGUGUGCUGGAGAUUAAAGAAGAUAUGGAGCUGGAUCCGGAGGAGAACAGUACUGUCUUCAUGGGGAUCCUCAUCAAAGGGCUGGCCAAACUGAAAAAAAUCCCUGAGACCGUGAAGGCUAUCAAGGAUCGUCUGGAACAGGAGCUCAAGCAGAUUGUCAAGAGGUCCACAACGCAGGUGGCAGACAGUGGCUACCAGAAAGGAGAGAGCCUUUCCCAGGAAAACCAGCCUAGGUUACUUCUGGAACUGCUUGAACUUCUCUUUGACAAAUUCAACGCUGUAGCAGCUGCUCACUCUGUGGUGCUGGGACAUCUUCAGCAGACAGUGGCCUCUCCAUCCGGCCUGUAUGAUGGUGAUGUCAAAUUGUAUGACAUGGCAGAUGUGUGGGUGAAGAUCCAGGAUGUCUUGCAGAUGCUGCUGACAGAAUACUUGGAUAUGAAGAACACUCGGACUGCUUCAGAACCAUCAGCCCAGCUUAGCUAUGCCAGCUCUGGGAGAGAAUUUGCUGCUUUCUUUGCAAAGAAGAAACCUCAAAGGCCUAAAAACCCUCUGUUCAAGUUUGAAUCGUCUUCCCAUGCUAUCAGCAUGAGUGCCUAUUUGCGUGAGCAGAGAAGGGAGCUCUACAGCAGGAGUGGAGAACUUCAAGGAGGUCCUGAUGAUAAUUUAAUCGAAGGUGGUGGAUCGAAGUUUGUCUGCAAACCAGGUGCAAGGAAUAUUACUGUCAUCUUUCAUCCAUUACUCAGAUUUAUUCAGGAGAUUGAGCAUGCCUUGGGCCUUGGCCCAACCAAACAAUGUCCGCUCCGGGAGUUCCUCACCAUGUACAUCAAGAACAUCUUCCUUAAUCAAGUCCUAGCAGAGAUCAACAAAGAGAUAGAAGGUGUCACCAAGGCAUCCGACCCCCUGAAGAUAUUGGCCAAUGCGGACACCAUGAAGAUGCUAGGAGUUCAACGGCCUCUUCUGCAGAGUACAGUAAUUGUGGAGAAGACCGUACAGGACCUCAUGAACCUGAUGCAUGACCUGAGUGCUUAUUCAGAUCAGUUCCUCAACAUGGUGUGUGUGAAGCUCCAGGACUACAAGGAAACCUGCACUACUGCCUACAGGAGCAUUGCUCAGUCAGAUGAAAAGCUGGUUAUCAGUGCAUCCUGGGCAAAAGAUGACGACAUUACCAGGCUCUUGAAAUCUCUGCCCAACUGGAUCAACAUGGCCCAGCCCAAGCAACUCAGACCAAAGAGAGAAGAAGAGGAAGACUUUAUAAGGGCUGCCUUCGGCAAAGAGUCAGAAGUUCUCAUUGGGAACCUGGGAGAUAAACUAAUCCCGCAGCAGGAGAUCCUGCGUGAUGUCAGUGACCUGAAGGCCUUGGCCAAUAUGCAUGAAAGCCUGGAGUGGUUAGCUGGUCGCACAAAGGCAGCCUUCUCCAACCUUCCAACAGCCCAGACGCCGUCACCUGGUCAGGACAGCCAUGCAAAUAUGGACCUCCCACCAGUGUCAGAACAGAUCAUGCAAACGCUGAGUGAACUGGCCAAGUCCUUCCAAGAGAUGGCUGACCGCUGCUUGCUGGUUCUGCAUUUGGAAGUCAGAGUUCACUGCUUCCAUUAUCUGAUCCCACUGGCUAAACAAGGGAAUUAUGCCAUAGUGGCCAACGUGGAAAGUAUGGAUUAUGACCCCCUUGUGGUGCGGCUAAAUAAGGACAUCAGUGCCAUUGAGGAAGCGAUGAGUGCCAGCCUCCAGCAGCACAAGUUCCAGUAUAUCUUUGAAGGCUUGGGCCACUUGAUUUCCUGUAUUCUCAUCAAUGGCGCCCAAUACUUCAAGCGCAUCAGCGAAUCUGGUAUCAAGAAAAUGUGCAGAAACAUCUUCAUCCUCCAGCAGAACCUGACUAACAUCACCAUGUCGCGAGAGGCCGACCUGGACUUUGCAAGGCAAUAUUAUGAGAUGCUGUACAACACGGCGGACGAGCUCUUAAACGUAGUGGUGGAUCAAGGAGUGAAGUACACGGAGCUGGAGUACAUCUACGCCUUGAGCUUGCUGCACCGUAGCCAGACUGGCGUCGGGGACCAGACAACCCAGAACAUGAGACUGCAGCGCCUGAAAGAGAUCAUCUGCGAGCAGGCUGCCAUCAAACAGGCCACCAAGGACAAGAAAAUCACUACAGUGUAA